AAACUUUGUACUGGAAACGCGUGGGUGGAACAUGAAUAGUUUAAACUGAAGAAGCAGUGAAAAAUCAAUCAAUUGCAGAACAGUGCAAGCCCGAAAAUAAAUUUGGAUAAUGUUGCACCUGGGCAAACAGUUGGCCAGCAAAGCGCCAAAGCUUAAUGCGAUCGCCCCACACAGUUUGGCUGGUGUGAAAGUCCAAAGUUUCACGCACACAGCUGCACCGAUUAGAAAUCUUAAUCAACAUAAUACGCACAACUCAAGCAACGUUAACCACAAUUAUUGCCAUAAGCGCUUGUCCAGCGGCAUUACCAGUCAAAGUUCGAGCAGCAGCAUGAAGCGUUUAGCAGGCAAAGUUGCGGUGGUUACCGCCUCCACAGAUGGCAUUGGAUUUGCGAUUGCCAAGCGUUUGGCUGAGGAUGGUGCCUCCGUUGUUAUAAGCAGUCGGAAGCAAAAGAACGUGGACAAUGCGCUUGCCGAGCUACGCAAAUUGAAUCUGAAUGUGCAUGGCCUCAAGUGCCAUGUGGCCGAGCCGCAGGAUCGCAAGCAGUUGUUCGAGGAGACCAUUAGCAAGUAUGGCAAACUCAAUAUUUUGAUUAGUAAUGCCGCCACGAAUCCUGCUGUGGGCGGUGUGAUGGACUGCGACGAGAAGGUGUGGGACAAGAUCUUCGAUGUUAAUGUGAAGAGCUCAUAUCUGUUGGCGAAAGAGGCGCUGCCAUAUCUGCGACAGGAGAAGGGCUCCAGCAUUGUGUUUGUCUCGUCAAUUGCGGGCUACGAUGCAUUCGAGCUACUCGGCGCCUACUCUGUGAGCAAGACGGCACUGAUCGGUCUGACCAAGGCAGCAGCUAAGGAUCUGGCGCCCGAGGGCAUUCGCGUCAAUUGCCUAGCGCCGGGCAUCAUUCGCACCAAGUUCUCCAAAUCGCUGUACGAGAACGAAGCUGCCAAUGAAGCGGCCCUCAGCAAGAUUCCUAUGGGUCGUCUGGGCACAGGUGACGAAAUGGCUGGCGUUGUCUCUUUCCUGGUCUCCGAUGAUGCUGCCUAUAUAACGGGCGAGACUAUUGUCGCCUCUGGCGGAAUGUCCGGUCGCCUAUAAUUGUAAUAGAAGGAGAACUGAUUCAUGAUUGCAAGUUUAUUAUACACAUACUCAUGUACAUAAAUACGUACCUAAGUCGUUAUUUUUUGAUAAUAAAAAUGGUUAUCUAAGCAAAACUAAA